AUGAACGGCACACAAUCCCCUGACGCCCAAAAGGCAACAAAUGCCAACACCAACGAGAGCAACAGCAACAAUAGCAGUCUUGCAGCUAAGAAGCGCAAGAAGGACUUGAAGCCGAUAAUUACUAUGGAGGGUACAAACCAACCUGCUGGGCGCCGCUGGUCCGAUGUCGCCAACGACCCUGAUACAACCCAAAUUCUCUAG